GUCGACGGACUGCGGGGCAGACGGUGGACGCAGGAACGGCGUUUGGCUGUGGUCCCACGGAUCCGACCCGACCCCCGCCCGCCGUCGUCGCUGCCAUGACGGGGCUAGCGCUGCUCUACUCCGGGGUCUUCGUGGCCUUCUGGGCUUGCAUGCUCGUCGUAGGAAUCUGCUACACCAUUUUUGACCUGGGCUUCCGCUUUGAUGUGGCAUGGUUUCUGACGGAGACUUCCCCUUUCAUGUGGUCUAACUUGGGCAUUGGUCUAGCAAUCUCCCUCUCUGUGGUUGGAGCAGCCUGGGGCAUCUAUAUUACUGGCUCCUCCAUCAUUGGGGGAGGGGUCAAGGCACCCAGGAUCAAGACCAAGAACUUGGUCAGCAUCAUCUUCUGUGAGGCUGUGGCCAUCUAUGGCAUCAUCAUGGCCAUUGUCAUUAGCAAUAUGGCUGAGCCUUUCAGUGCUACUGACCCCAAAGCCAUUGGCCAUCGAAACUACCAUGCAGGCUACUCCAUGUUUGGAGCUGGCCUCACAGUAGGUCUGUCGAACCUCUUCUGUGGAGUCUGUGUGGGCAUUGUGGGCAGUGGGGCCGCCCUGGCUGAUGCUCAAAACCCCAGCCUCUUUGUAAAGAUUCUUAUCGUGGAGAUCUUUGGCAGUGCCAUCGGCCUCUUUGGAGUCAUCGUCGCAAUCCUUCAGACCUCCAGAGUGAAGAUGGGUGACUAGAUGAUCUGUGUGGGUGGGGCCGUGCCCCAGUAUUAUUUAUUGCUGGUUUUCCUGGGACAGCUGGAGCUGUGCCCUGUAACUUUAAAGGGGUUUGGUGUUGAGAGGCUUCCUGCACUCACGUCUUGCUGCCUGUUGACUUGGAGGCACAGCAGUCCAGACUCAACCCUCUGUGGGGAGUGGGCUGCUGAUGUUGACCGGGUGUGCAGCGGUGCACCUGUUUCCUCACUUCCAUUCCCACCCCAUCUUCCCAGUGUUUGUGAAAUAAACGUGGUAUUUGUCCCAGUCA